UUGUGGGUAGCACUACUUUUUCAACAUGGCUGCCGAUUGACAUCAUCUCAGUUUGUCAACGUUCAAGGUAUACCCUACUUUGGGAACAUGACCCAUACCCUUGAAAUUGGGAAUUGAAGUGUCAAUUCACCCUAAAUUGGCCAUGGAAACAGCAACUCCAGUAAAGUCAGUGAGGGCCUGUCUAACCUGUAAUCGUUCAUCUCAAGGACAUUUAAAAAACUUAAGAAAUGUAGCUAUGCGAUCCAUACUACUGAAAAAACAGUUUGAAUGUCUGGGCUGCAAUAUUGAAGACCUUGUGAAAGUAGGACAUGAGAAUCUGUUGGUUUGUGACACAUGUUUGAAAAUAUUGGACAAACUAUCAGAAAUGAAGUUGAAUUUACAAAUGAACAUGAAAGAACUAAAGAAGAGUGAGGAUAGAACAAAGAGAUUAAUUAUGCAUUCUGUUUCUCCAGUAGUUAAGAAGUUCAAGGACACAACUGUACCAGUAAAAUCUAGAAAAAGUUCAAGGGCACUUUUUAAGAUGCCAUCUCCAUCUCCAUCAAGAUGUAUUGAUUCAGUUAUUAGUCCAAAAUCAGGCAGCAUUGAUCAUUCAUACUCUGGUAUACCAAGCAAAACAAAAACACAAAGCCUUGACCAUUUGUAUUCAACAACCGUAAAUCAAAAUGUAGAUCUUAAUAAUCCAUACAGUUUUCAUAAGAAGAAAAUACUGAUGCCUCCUGAAAUUACUGUUAACGAAAAGAAAAGUGUCAUAACAAUAUUUGAACAAUCAUCAAAAGACACUGUAAGUGUUAAUACUGUUUUGGAAAAACUUCUUGAUCUCCCUUCUGUAAAUGAAAGACUAUAUCUAUGUUUAUUGCAACGACUAUCUGGAGAACUAAACAGGAUCUGUGGAACAAAAGACAAAAGUGUUUUAAGGACAAAGGUGUCAGAACUAGAACCUGAAACCUUUUUCAGUGACAUUGUAAAAGAAAUGCACUUGAAAUGUCCGAAGGUGUUGCAGUUUCUGAUAACCCUGUCUUGCCCAAUGGAUCUUGCAGUUCCAGAGAAAAAACAUGGUAUAGCAGCUAUGUAUGCACUUGGCAUGUACUUACGGAACAACCACAUGAUUGCCUUUCAAAAAGCUGUUGCUGCAUCAUGUAUAAGAUAUAAUGCAGGGAAUGGACUCAUGGAGUUUUUACACAACCUGGGAAUGUCAAUACCUACAAAAAGCAAGCUGCCAAUGUUGGAUGACCUUGGACAAAUAAAUGGUCGGGAUGUAGUUUCUGCUUUGGCUAUUGGGAAAACCAUCAAAAUCACAGUUGAUAACAUUGACGGGCACAUAAAAGCUUAUCAGGUCAGGCUUGGUAGUGGAAACAGAGAUUUUCACUACACUCAUUGGUCGAUCCUUAUCGACAGAUUUGACCCAAGAGAUCUUCAAGGACUGAGCACACAACCGAAACAGAUAACUGCCCAAGGACCUGACCCUACCAUCUUCUUUUUGUCUUCAAACGAACAUGAAGCAUUAAGGAAAAGAUGUACUCAGCUUGUCAUGCGGAUACUGGUAGAAGAAAUACAGCCAUUGUCCAUGUUUUCUACGGCAACACCUCGUCUUGUGGACCAUAAAUACAGACAAGUGGUUGAUAGACCAUCACAAGUUCAUCCAAUGUUUAGCUCUUGUGAUAGAGUUAGCUUGUGAAAGAUGGGGGGCUGAUUGCAAGACAGACUUGGGGUCUCUGGUUCCGGAAGAAGUGAAGACUUCUAAUACCAAAGGGAAGAAGCAGUGGUUACAGGAGCAAGUGACCAAAGUGGUGGAUACACUGUUCUGCCCAUACUCUGCUCCAAAAGAUGCUAAAAUAUACCUUCGGCGCAGUGGCCAUUUGUACUGUGUUACGGUGCCUUCAAAAGAUGUCGGGAAAACCAUUGAUCUUAUAAUAAAUGGUGAAGCUGUCCGCAUAAGAGUGCCUGAAGAUUGUAAAACUGACGAAGCAGAAGAUGGUGUGUUUUCAUACAGCCUUGGGAUUGUCAGAGUUGCAAUGGAUUUUAUCAUGUUCAAUGAUGCAAUAAAAUCAGGUGAUAUAGACAUGA